CUUUCAUUGAUCCCCCUCCCAUUCCCCCCCUGCUUUCAUUGAUCCCCCUCCCAUUCUCCCCCUGCUUUCAUUGCUCCCCCUCCCAUUCUCCCCCUGCUUUCAUUGAUCCCCCUCCCAUUCCCCCCCUGCUUUCAUUGAUCCCCCUCCCAUUCUCCCCCUGCUUUCAUUGAUCCCCCUCCCAUUCUCCCCCUGCUUUCAUUGAUCCCCCUCCCAUUCCCCCCCUGCUUUCAUUGAUCCCCCUCACAUUCUCCCCCUGCUUUCAUUGAUCCCCCUCCCAUUCCCCCCCUGCUUUCAUUGCUCCCCCUCCCAUUCUCCCCCUGCUUUCAUUGAUCCCCCUCCCAUUCUCCCCCUGCUUUCAUUGAUCCCCCUCCCAUUCCCCCCCUGCUUUCAUUGCUCCCCCUCCCAUUCUCCCCCUGCUUUCAUUGAUCCCCCUCCCAUUCUCCCCCUGCUUUCAUUGAUCCUCUCCCAUUCUCCCCCUGCUUUCAUUGCUCCCCCUCCCAUUCCCCCCCUGCUUCAUUGCUCCCCCUCCCAUUCUCCCCCUGCUUUCAUUGAUCCCCCCCCCCAUUCCCCCCCUGCUUUCAUUGAUUCCCCUCCCAUUCCCCCCUGCUCGCCCUCCCAUUCUCCCCCUGCUUUCAUUGACCCCCCUCCCAUUCUCCCCCUGCUUUCAUUGAUCCCCCUCCCAUUCCCCCCCUCCUUUCAUUGAUCCCCCUCCCAUUCCCCCCCUGCUUUCAUUGCUCCCCCUCCCAUUCUCCCCCUGCUUUCAUUGAUCCCCCUCCCAUUCUCCCCCUGCUUUCAUUGAUCCCCUCCCAUUCCCCCCUGCUCGCCCUCCCAUUCUCCCCCUGCUUUCAUUGACCCCCCUCCCAUUCUCCCCCUGCUUUCAUUGAUCCCCUCCCAUUCCCUCCCUGCUUUCAUUGAUCCCCCUCCCAUUCUCCCCCUGCUUUCAUUGAUCCCCUCCCAUUCUCUCCCUGCUUUCAUUGAUCCCCCUCCCAUUCCCCCCCUGCUUUCAUUGAUCCCCCUCCCAUUCUCCCCCUGCUUUCAUUGCUCGCCCUCCCAUUCUCCCCCUGCUUUCAUUGUUCCCCUCCCAUUCCCCCCCUGCUUUCAUUGAUCCCCCUCCCAUUCUCCCCCUUCUUUCUUUGAUCCCCUCCCAUUCUCCCCCUGCUUUCAUUGCUCCUCCUCCCAUUCCCCCCCUGCUGUCAUUGAUCCCCUCCCAUUCCCCCCCUGCUUUCAUUGAUCCCCCUCCCAUUCUCCCCCUUCUUUCUUUGAUCCCCUCCCAUUCUCCCCCUGAUUUCAUUGCUCCUCCUCCCAUUCCCCCCCUGCUUUCAUUGAUCCCCUCCCAUUCCCCCCCUGAUUUCAUUGAUCCCCUCCCAUUCCCCCCCUUCUUUCAUUGCUCCCCCUCUCAUUCUCCCCCUGCUUUCAUUGAUCCCCCUCCCAUUCCCCCCCUGCUUUCAUUGAUCCCCCUCCCAUUCUCCCCCUGCUUUCAUUGCUCCCCCUCCCAUUCUCCCCCUGCUUUCAUUGAUCCCCUCCCAUUCCCCCCCUGCUUUCAUUGAUCCCCCUCCCAUUCUCCCCCUGCUUUCAUUGAUCCUCUCCCAUUCUCCCCCUGCUUUCAUUGCUCCCCUUCCCAUUCCCCCCCUGCUUUCAUUGAUCCCCCUCCCAUUCCCCCCCUGCUUUCAUUGAUCCCCCUCUCAUUCUCCCCCUGCUUUCAUUGUUCCCCCUCCCAUUCUCCCCCUGCUUUCGUUCCUCGUCCCUGCUCCAGUUCUCACCCCUUCCUCUUUGUUCCACCCCCUCAUGCCUUCCAUUUCCUCCCUUUCCUCUCCCUGAUUCCCUUCUCACCCCCCUUUUGUUGGUUCCAGGGCGGGCAUGGCUGCCCUGGGGACAUGACCUUUGGGUGCGCUACCCUUCCCCUUCUUCCGCCUUCCCCUCCUUCCACCUUUCCCCUCCUUCCACCUAUUCCUCCUUACCCCAACUCCCUUCCACUCUGAACCUGAGUACCUUGCUCCCCUCCCCCCUGCAGUCACCCUCAGCCCCUAAGCCUAUCUCAGUAUCUCUUGAGCUCGUCUCUCUCUCUCCCUCUCUCUCACUCCCUGCCCAUCUCUCUGCCCAUCUCCCCAUCAUCCCUUGAUCCCAUACUCCUCCCAUUUCCCCCUUCCCCCAUCCUUUCACAGCACGGAUACACUCUUGCAGGGGAUUCUGUAAUCACCCGAAUUUCAGAGUGUAUCUGAUUUUAGGGAUUUUAGGGGAAUUCACAGGUGCAUGUUUUGAAAUGGAAUUUAUAAGCCCAUGUGCUAACAAAAAGGGAUUUGAGUCGUCGUGUUAUAUUCGUAGUACAGUUUCCCAGAGUCCCUAAUGCUGGAACACUUUG